UCUCUGAGUGGGGUCCUUUUAUAAAGCCUUUGGUUUAUGAAACAAUUCUGAGCAGCACUGUAGGAAUCACAAUUAAGUCUUGUGCAUUCUCAGGGACGUGCCUGGAGUGGACAAAUCAUGCUCAUUGGGUGGGAGAGGGACUCAGCGCUGUACCCAAGAUGAAGGAGGAGAGGAGGAAGACUUCCUUGAAAGAAGACACAGCCAUUCCUUCGCUAUUUUCACUCUUCGGCCUCCUCCUUCUUUUCCAGGCAGUCAGAGUAGCCGGCGUCAACAUCACCAGUCAGGCUCAUCUGGUCCGAGGCACGUUGGGUGGCGAGGCCCUCCUCUCCGUCAGCUACACCAGCACCAGCUCCGACCAACCGGUCAUCAAGUGGCAGCUGAAGAGGGACAAGCAGCAGCCCGUCACCGUAGUCCAGUCCAUAGGCACCAGCAUCAUCGGGAACCUGAGGACCGAGUACAGGGACCGUAUCAUGGUGUUUGAGAACGGGACCUUGCUCCUCCACAACCUGCAGCUGUCUGACGAGGGGGCCUAUGAAGUGGAGAUCUCCAUAACGGAUGAUGCCUUCACUGCGGAGCGCAACAUCAACCUCACCGUAGAUGUACCUGUGUCCAGACCCCACGUCCAAAUGAUAGCCUCCUCUGUGCUGGAGUUGAGUGAACUCUUCACCUUACACUGUUCCCACGGCGAUGGCACCAAGCCCACCUAUGGCUGGCUGAAAGGGGGCAAGGUGCUGACCAAUGACUCGCGCCUGCGCCUGUCACAUGACCAGAAGUAUCUGACCAUCGCCCGGGUGCUGAUGUCAGAUGAUGAUAUCUACAGCUGUACAGUGGAUAACCCAAUCAGUAGCAUGAGGAGUGUGCCUGUCAAACUCACUGUCUACAGACGGAGUUCCCUGUAUAUCAUUCUUUCCACCGGGGGCAUUUUCCUCCUCAUCACCCUGGUGACUGUGUGCGCCUGCUGGAAGCCCUCCAAAAAAAAGAAGCGGCGGGCUGACAUGGCAGCCAUGUUGCAGAGAUCUCCAAUAUAUGUAGAGAGGAGUGACAUCAGUCACGACGUUGAUAUGGUGCCAAAAACAAUAGCCCAUGGAACACAUGGCCGUAGGAGCCCAAUGGCUCUUUACGUUGUCAAUGAAGAUGACAGUCUCGAAGGUGAGGACGAGUGUUCAGCCAACUCCAUCAGCCCCUCAGACCUCGCCCUGCCCGGUUACCCCAGCCCCCUCCCACCGUCCUCCCACUCACCCGAGGCACCCACCCGGACCGUCCGCAAAUAUCCUCGUACCCCUGUGCCCUCACCCCCUGCCACCCCACUCAAGCCCCCUGGCCAGCCACUUGUCAUAUCCUCAGCUCCACCCCCUGGUUCACCUCCACAUGUCCAGAGCUCAGGGCGUAAACUCCACCCUCCUGUGGGCAUCCCCACCAAUCAACAGACAGAUGAGCCCCCGGCCACCCCAAAGGCCGACAACCAGGAUUAAUGUCUGAAUGACCACUCACCUAUCACUGCUUCCACUGUAGAAUUCAUCCACAUCUAACCAUGGACAUGUGUGUCGCUUAUCUUGUCUGUUUAGUUGGGUUUUGGUGUAAAGAUAUUUGUUACACCAGGAUCAACUGCUCUGAUCAUGGCUUCCCUAUACCCCUGGAGAAAUGGUACGUUGCUAUUUUUUCCCACCAAGGUUUAAAAACAUGCAACAUCAUCCAUACUGCACAACUCCUCUCUGCUGUGGUGACAAUGAUAGUCAGAGGAGUGAACUACAACACAUACAAAUCUGGGACCAGGCUAACCCCCAUGGCUAUUCUGAUGAACUCAUGCGACACACAUUUCUAGUACAGUAUCCACCAAUGAUUUUGUUUCUCCUACUGAGGUCUUUGGGAAGUCAAUGUAUGGCAGUUGCCACAUGGUAAGGGGCAAGGGGGAUGUAAGUAGCCACAGUCAAUUUACACUGGGAUCUUGAUAUGUUACAGUAUUACUUUAAAAUUAGGGUAAUGAUAAUGUGUGGACAUUUGAGGAGUGCAAUUUGUUUGAUUUUCUACUUCCAGUAAAGAUAAUGGGGAAGUGGGGUUCACAGAAACUGCCGUCCUAAGCCUUGGACUCAUUAUGUACAUAUGUCAAUAGUGUAUGUAAUGUUCUUAGAAUUGUUUUUGGGACCUUUUACCUCCAAAUACAUUUUUUCAAAUAACAUUUAAUCCUAAAACUGUGUUUCUAUUCCAUGUUUCAAAAUGAAGUAUGACAUUUUAUAACCUAAAAAAUGGAACAAUAAAUGUUAUGUUGGAAAAUGCCUCUACCAUAAAAUAGUUUUACUUUUACCUGUAUACCAGCAUAAAAACUGUUACUCUAUUCAAUACUGUGAGACGUGUAAUAUGUAAGACUUUUAUUUUGAAAUGUAUUAAUACCUGUAUUCUAAUUGGUUCCUCCUGUAAGGGCUUCUGGGUAGAAUAUUCAGUUGUCAUGAUGUAGUGUGUGGGCGUGUUGCUAUUCCCCUCUCCCCUUUUUAUUCAUUUAUUUCACCUGAUAAGUUAUGCAGUCUCAACAUUAAGUUUGCAGUCUAAUGCACUAAGAGUCCCAUCAUUAAGUUUGCAGUCUAAUACCAUGAUGAUAGCACAUUGUGUCAGUUUCUUCAACUGCAAGACCUACAACCCCACAGAUUUACAGAAGCAUACAGUAUGUGGCCAGGAGCUGCAUGCCAGACUGCAAGUCCUUCUUGUGUCCAGUAGGUGAUGCCCAAGCAACAGCUGAAUGUUUGAUGGAUUUUAUUUUAUUAGGAUCUCUUUCAGCCCACAAAGGGCUAGUCUUCCAAUAGUCCUUAAGAAAUGUACAAAAAUAUAUACAGAACAUUUGAAAAACAACAAUCUAAGUAAAAACACAAUACACACAAACACAGAUACAAAUCCCUAAUACCUUUACAUAUUACAAGUUACUGUUGAGAGUUAGAAUAGUAGAAUACUAUCG